CGCUCGCGCUCUUGACUCAGUCCUCGAGUCUCCUGAAUUAAGUAAUCCAGUGAAAAAAAUAUGACACAUUUAUAAAUAAAUGUUGACCCGUAGGCUAUAGAUUUGCGGACAGUGCGCGCGUGUGUUUCGGGUAACUCGAAAGUUUUGGCAAAAAUCGUUCUAUUUUGUGGCGAAAAAGGUGCAUUUAAAAACCCAUCAAAGUCGUGACAUGAAUACGAUCGUCGAGCGGCAAAAAUAGCGCAAUAAAUCCACCGUACCGUGUACAUUUAAAUUAUCCAGGCAUCGGAAGAACUACCGGAAGCUAUCCUAUAUCUUGCGGUGCACCUCGAGUAUAUUGUAUAAUAUAGUAGGUGAUCAGUGAAUUGAUAAAAGAGAGUGAAGUACACAACACAUAGCGCUCUCGGCUCGGCAGUCUCGUCGUCGGCCUCGACGGCGUUGGCCGCGGCUGGACAGACUCGUCGAUGCCAACGAUGUACCAGGCGGGAGGCCGGGGCCAUCCUGGCUCAAGCAUGUGGAGGCUCGCCUUGGCCGGGUACUGCUGUCUGCUCGGUGUGUGCGCGUUCAACGUGGAAACCGGGCACUACACGGUCCACAGGGGCGACGUGCACUCGAUGUUCGGGUACUCGGUGGCCGAGUACAGGGACCAGAGCCACCGGGGCUGGGUCAUAGUGGGCGCCCCCCUCAACCAGACCAGCCAGCCGGGGGUGGAGCGCGGGGGCGCCGUCUUUCGGUGCGACAUCGCCGAGGACAACCGGUGCUUCCCGAUCGAGUUCGACAAGAAGGGCGCCGACUACGUCAAGGUGAACAAGCACCCCAAGCGGGCCGAGCCCAUCGACGACAAGUCGUACCAGUGGUUCGGCGCCACCCUGUCCGCGUCCAUGCUCGACGGCGGCCCCCUGCUCGCCUGCGCCCCCAAGUACCACUGGUUCGGCUACAUAAAGGCCAACUGGUCCGUGGCCGGCUUCAAGGACGUGGUCGGGGCGUGCUGGCUAACCUCGUUGACGGACGGCCACUCGACCCAGUACUCACCGUGUCGGAACAACGACACGGCCGGCCACCACAGGCAGGGCAUGUGCCAGGCCGGCAUCGGGGCGGCCAUCACCAAGGACGGCCGGAGGCUCUUUAUUGGGGCGCCGGGAAGCUGGUACUGGCAGGGCCAGCUCUUCACGAUCGAGAGCAACGUCACCCUGCCGUUCGUCCCGAUGAAGGACUCGAGGGAGGGCUAUCCUUCCUCGUACGAGCAGUCGAGCCUCCUGGCGACCAAGGAGGGCCCAGCGCACGAGGACAACAAUUACCUCGGGUAUUCCGUGAGCGUGGGCGAUUUCCUCGGGGACGGGGACAGCGGAGUGGCCGUUGGGGUGCCGAGGGCUUCGGAGCUCCUUGGGAAGGUGUUGCUGUUCACGUCGCAGCUGUUCAACCACAGGAACAUCACAGGCGAGCAGAUGGGAGCGUACUUCGGCUACGCCCUGGCGGUCAACGACAUUGACGGCGACGAUAGGGACGACCUCAUCGUGACGGCGCCGUUCUUCACUCUGCCCGAAUUCGCGGGCGAAAAAAUCGAAACCGGCCGAGUCUACGUGUUUUACCAGGGCGGCGGUGUCACGCCGUACCAGAAUUUCGACAGCAGGGACGGGAGCAGCAACAGAGGCCAGUUUGGGCUGUCGGUCGCGUCUCUGGGGGACAUGGACCUCGACGGGUACGGGGACUUUGUCGUCGGGGAGCCCUACGGGGGUCCGGAGAAUCGGGGCGCCGUUUACGUGUAUCACGGCUCGAAGGAGGGAGUCGAGGAAACAUACUCCCAAGUUAUAUACUCGGAGAGCCUCGAGCAGCCAGUCCGGACGUUUGGCUGGUCGGUCGGUGGUGGUCUCGACUUGGACAACAACGACUACCCGGAUACGGUGGUCGGCGCCUACGAGUCCAACGCGGUCAUGUACUUCAGGUCCAGACCCGUCAUCAAAAUGUUCUCCGAGAUCAAUUUCAUGUCGGAUUCGAUCAACUUGAAGGACAAAGCAUGCGUCCUGUCCGAUGGCACGACGGUCGCUUGCUCAGAGCUGAAAAUCUGUUGCAUGUACACGGGACUGGGCGCUUGGAAGCAACACGACUUCACGAUAAGCAUUUCGUUGGACGAAAAGAAGAGGAAGAACCCGCGCUUGUUCUUUUUGGACUUCGAGAGCAAGAGCACCUUGAACUGGACGGUGCCGAUAACCAAGGACCAGCCUUAUUGCAAGCAAACCAAGGUGUACGUGACUCAGCGCUUGCGGGACAAGUUGACGUCCUUGGACGCGGAGAUGAGCAUCGAGCUCGGCAAGGGCGGCGAGCACGCGGCGGGCAGUUGGAAAAAGCGCGACCCGAGGAGGCAGCUGAUGGCCAUUUUGGGACCAAAAAACACGAAAAAGCGCGACGCCCUCACGAUACAAAAGAAUUGUGGCUCGGACAACGUGUGCGUGCCGGAUUUGUCCAUCAAUGUCGUGAGGAACGUGAAAAAGUAUCUCCUGGGCUCGGGGGAGAUCCUCGAGCUGAACGUGGCCAUAAAGAACAACGCCGAGGACGCCUUUGAGUCCGUUUUCUACAUGCAGCUGCCCGUCGGCAUCGACUUCAUAAAGACCGACAGCGAGAGCGAGUCGUCCGAGAUAUUCAUCCAGUGCACGGCCCCGAGCGCCAACAGCAACAACACCCUGCGCUGCGACGUCGGCAAUCCACUGCCCGAGGGUAAACUCGUCAAGUUCAAGGUGCUCCUGCAGCCGAUCACGUUUCACGGCAUGAGGCCCUCGUACGAGCUGAGCAUGAAGGUGAACUCGACGAACCCGGAGAGGCCGGAGACCAUGGGAGACAACUUCUUCGACGUCUCCAUACCCGUGUGGAUCGAGACCGACAUAUUCGUGGAAGGCGAGAGCAAGCCCCAAGAGAUCGACUUCAACUCGGUCGACUUUGCCAACGUGGAGCCCGACCUGCUCAUGAACAACUUGGAGUACGCCCCGAGCGUCACCCACAACUACACGAUUCGCAACAACGGGCCCUCGACGGUCCUCAACAUAGCCACCUCGCUCAUCUGGACCGCCGAGACGGACGCGAACGAGGUCGUGCUGUACUUGAUCGAGCAGCCGGAGAUCAGCAAGGAGAAGGUAACCUGCGACACGGCCAACGCCGACUAUCUGAGCAUCAAGGGCAAGUCGAGUCGGAAAACGAAGAGAAGCGCCCUGGCCGACCUCCUGGGGCUACAAUCGCUCACCUCGGCCCUCUUUUCGAGCCCUUCGCUCGAGGGAGGUAGGCCGGCGCGACAAGCCGACGACGAUGACGACGAGGAGGAGGAGGAGGAGGAUGGGGAGCCCGCGAUUUUUAGGGGCGAGCCGCUGUGCGAGACGGCGCAGUGCGUCGACCUCAAGUGCCACGUGGGGCCUCUGAAGAAGGACGAGGAGGUGUCCAUAUCGGCCAAGUACCGGGUGAACGUGACGGCCCUGAGGCAGCUCGCGUCUCAGGGGAGCGAGAACGUGAAGCUGUCGACGACGAUGAGGGCCCUCGUGGAGUCGCAGCCGUUCAUCGGCAAGCCGACCGAGCCGAUAAUGCGCAGCUACAAGAUCGAGACUAUGGUCCGGCCGCUCAAGAUCAUCAACACCCCGGACAGCAUGCCUUUGUGGAUCUGGAUCCUCGCGGCGUGCAUCGGUAUUUUGAUUUUGCUCUUGCUCGUCUAUCUGCUGUACAAGUGCGGCUUCUUCAAGAGGAACCGGCCCUCGGCGGCUCCCGAGUGCCAGCCCCUCAACAGAUCUUGAGCGCCCAACGUACAGAUAUCACAUUGUUUUAGACGCGCAAUUUCGCUGAAUAUUUAUUACACGUAUACUUUUAAACGCUGAGACUAGAGCACAAAAAGGCAUUUUCACGUUUUCAUGACUUUUACUACCAUAUAUUUUUUUCUUUUUUUUUUACUUUAUUGGUGAAGAAAAAUGACAGCUCGGAGUAAGUUAGAGUCGAGAUAACGAAGGAAAAAGAAAAAGUAUCCAUGGCGAUUUAUGUCCAUCGAUAUUAAUUAUGUGUCACACUACUGCAAUCAUCUCUAUUAAUUGGUAUAUAUGCGUUCGAUGGAAACUAUAAAUAUACUUUUGUUUCGUUGCGUGAAUAAUUUCGAUUAUCAAUAUUGUUACUCGAAAUGUUGAUUAUAUAUAAAAUAUAAUGAUUCUUUUUAAACAUCGCUUUCAUAACUCAUAUUAAUAUAUCAAGUAGUUUUUAGGGAAUAACUGACUGCGCGAGUGCAAUGAACUAAUUAAUAUUAUAUAUGAUAUACGGAUCUGUUAAAAACAUGAAUUAAUCUCGUCGUUUAUUUUUAAGUCUUCCAAUAAUAAUUUAUUUACAAAUACUCAUAUAUCUAUAUGUAAUAUUUACACUGAACAGGCGUUCAUUUGACUUUUGUUGUCUCCUUAGUUUCACUACUGGCAGAUUACAGAUUUUAUGAAAUAACAUCGUGCCUCCCUGUUUACUGUACAAAACUGAAUUUUGUUAAUUUCGUAAGUCUGACAAGUUACAUAUACUCAUAAUACUUAAUUCUGCAGGUUAUUUUACGAGGAUAGUGUACUGCCAUAUACUUAAGUACUUUGUAUACACGUGAGGCCUAAUAAGCAAACAACAUGUUAAAUUAAUAUACUUUCGUAGUCAACGUAUAACGUACAACUAACGACAAAGAAAACGGCCGAGCAAUUCGAGGGGGCACGUGAGCAUCGGUCCCCUUGAAAGCGAAAUAAAAAAAAAAAAAAUUGCGGCCUGUAAUGGUGCUCGUCAUAUCAGCAAGUGCUCUUACCAAACAUUUCGUGAAUCUCUAUAUAUACAUAAUACUUUGUAAAUUUUUAAUGCAUUAAAGUACUCGAAACUAAACGAAAAAAAA